UAUGGUCAAGUGGUACUUGAGUGCUCUCCUUACUAAUGUUGUGUAGUACUGAAGAGGUUUUAUUAGUUGUAUUGUCCUCAUGAGAAAGUGUUGAAGCAUUGCUUGCAGAUGUUGACACGGGGUACCUUUGGGAGGAGUGAUACUGAUAUUCUCUAACGAUUUCUCCAUAGUGCCCCUCCCCCUUAGUUUGGCCUGUGUGUGGGCUAAACUAUUUCAGGUCGGAAAGUGCACUUUAACUUGUUGCAUGAUUUAAAUGAGCACUUUUUCUCUUGGUGAAUUUGAUAGCUUGCAAUAUCUCACAGGAUACUAUGUAUUGUUAAUACUGUGAUCCUUGCUGAUUAAUUAUUUGGUUAGAAGUUCAUCAGUUGAAAAACUAAUUUAUAACAAUGGAUGACACAAUGCCCCUGGAGCUGGCUGAGGAGAUAGAGGAGUUUGACAUGGAUAGGGCUGGGAAUGUCCCUAAGCUACCCCACAAUGAGGACUUUGGACAGAGGAAGUACAUCCACAUCGGCAGUAACGGCGCAAGUGGGGGAGGAUCCAAAGUAAGCGGCUCUGGUAACACUUCCUCACGACACAGUCCUGCUGGUAAACCCUCUGUUCUCUCACCCUCCUCCUUCAAACUCAGCUCUUCAGGCUCAUCAUCAAGCUCCGUACGCACCCAGGGAGGAGCCACCAGUCGCCCGACCGCCUUCGCAAAGUGGGUACAGAGUCACCAAAGUUCUCAGAAAGACACAGUCUCUACUCAAGGUUCCAGCAUGAAGUCCUUGAACAAACAGUGGGUCCACCCACCAGACUCCCUGGUUAAGGGUCACAUUGUCUACAAUGUCAAGUUUUUGGGGGAAACAGAAGUUGAACAACCUAAGGGCACAGAUGUUGUCCGAGAUGCCAUUAGGAAAAUGAAGUUCUCUCGACACAUUCGUAAAGCUGAAGGCCAAAAGCCACCAAAGGUAGAGCUGACCAUCUCUGCAGAUGGAGUUACUAUACAAGACCCUAAAAACAAGGUGAUUAUGCACCAGUAUCCCUUACACAGAAUAUCCUACUGUGCUGAUGACAAGGCUGACAAGAGGAUGUUCACAUUUAUUGCCAAGGCUGGAGACAGCAGCAAGCACUUCUGUUAUGUUUUUGACAGUGAGAAAUGUGCAGAAGAGAUCACAUUGACUGUGGGACAAGCCUUUGAUUUGGCUUACCGUCGCUUUUUAGAGAGCUCUGGCAAGGACAUGGACCAGAAGAAACAACAUUUGCUCUUACAGAAAAAGGUCCAGACUCUUCAGCAGGAGAAUGAACAGCUGAAAAAAAGAAUUACAGAGAUAUCACAGUUGAAGGACCGAUCAGAUCUUGAGCAGUACAAGCAGGCCAAUAAUAUAGCAGACCUGACUGCUAUUCGCAGUACUAGUACCAACAACAACAACAACUCUACAAGUAUCAAUAAUUCCCGCCUUCCGCAGUCUCCAGUAAGUCCUCAGACCCCAGCAUCUUCAAAGCCUGCAGUGGGAAGAAGGCUGGAAAAUCUGGUAUUUGAUGACAACUUUACUGUUGCACAAACUAAUGGAACAAACCACCAGCAUUCUCCAGCUCCACUAAUAUCACCCCCUCCUGCAUCAGUAAAGCUACGAGCUCAGAGUACGGGCAGUAUUCAGUCACCCGUCUCCCCUCCACAUUCAACAAAUCCCUUUCAUCGCAUCCCACCUACAGUUCAAGGCGCUACAGCCUCCCCAGCUGCCUAUGAUGACCCAUUUGGUAUGGGAGCUUUUACACCAACAAAAAAUCCCCAAGAGCUUGAUGUGGCCAUCCAGAAUGUUGACAAUGAGCUGAUGGAUUUACAGACUGGUUUCAGUCGCGGGAUUUCCUUUGGAACAGAUGACUUCUCCUUGGAGGAUUUAGAUCCGCUGAAUCAAAAAUAAGUCACAAGCUGUUAUUCUCCUGAAGUAGAGGCUUCUUCUUGUUACACCAGUGUUCCAUCUGGACAGGAGGUGGUUAUGUCACAGAAGCAUUAAGGACAUACAUGCUUACGAAAGUGUUUGAUAACUCAAGCAAAGUGUUCUGGCUAUGAUUGCUAGAUAUAUAUAUUGGUAAUUAAACAGCUAAAUGUGUAGGGUAGAUUAACAUGUCUUCCAGCAUUCCAUGUGUGAAAAGAAGAGCAGGACUGUACUUGGGAUGCCUCCUCGAUCAGGUCAUAUCCUGCAGGCUUGUGCACAUUUUAUUUUGUAGAUUUUAUCUUGAGAUGAUGCUGUUGCUAGUAACAGCAUUUUAGGAAUUGGUCAGUCACUGAUUGUGUAAAUGUGGAACAGUAAUUGUGCUGUUUGAGCAAAACCUGCUACGUACUCUCAACUCGCAUGCUUUGUCAGUUGAACAUUUUAUAUACUUACAUUUAGUUUACAUUUCAAACUCUGCGUGCAUGGACUUUUUCAUGCUACAUGUACGUAUGGUAUAUAUGAUAUUAAAAUAUUGCAUGUCCUUUUCGUUUGAUAUUUUCAGCAGCAAUUUGUGAUAAAGUUUUAUUAAACACCCAUGUACCUGAUGUCAGUAGGUUAUCUUUGUCUGUUCUAAACAUCUCAAAAGGCUGUAGUUACGUGGCUUUUGUUGGAUCUAUCAUAUGUUGUGUUACCAUGGCUUUGGAUUUUGGGCCUGGUUUCCUUCUGCGUUGUGUAUUUGUUUGUAGUUUUGUACAUGUACGUGUACAUUCAUCAGUCAGUCACUGAAAGAAUUACCAUCCAUCCAGCUGAAUAUGAAGGCACUUGUAAAUUGUUCUACAUGUAGCUAUGACCUACAGGUGUACUAUUACAUGUACACGUAUAUAAUUCAUAGAUGACAUGCUGGGCUGAAUUAAAAGAUGGUUCUGUAUAUGAAUUUCAAUUUCUUUGAAAGAACUUUGCUGAAAAUGUAUCUUGUGGUAUUAAGACAUGUUACGCCAUGUUCUCUGUUGUGCCUUUGUGGCAUUCUUGGUUGAUCACAUAGAAGAUGCUCUGUAUUGUGUACCAGUAACCAUUCACUGUAUUUCAAAUUGUUAAUAUAAUGACAUCAGAGUUUGGUGCAGAUUGUCGUACCUCAGGUUCACUCGACAUAAUACAUGUCCAUGUAUAUUUUGUUAGAUAUCUAGUCAGGUAACAUCAAUGUGUAAUAAAUUUACUACCAUAAGUGAACUAACUAGUAACUCCAUGCAUGUAAACAAAUUAAUAAUGUUUAAACUUUAUUUUGAAAUCAUGGCUGUAACCCUAUAUGAGGAUGUGAGUGUAGGCUGUACAGUGAUUUUUCAGAACAUAAAGUUGAUAAGAAAAUAGCAUCAAUACAUGUAAUUGGGGCAGCCUUUGAGUAAGGUAUUGUCACUGUGGGGAUCUUAUGUAAGACAUGUAAUGUCUAAUUCCACUUAACUGAUGCUACCUUCAAAAUUGCUACAUUUUCUAAAGCUGCUGCAUGGUUUUUAAAAUUUUUUAUACAGGUGCCAGUAAAUGAAUAAUUUUCGUUUUGUCGUUUGUGAGCAUGUGUCUUGACUUUUUGUCAUUGUAACAGUGUGCGCGACUGGGCCACUGUUAGCAUAUGGUCAAAGUUUUUAUCAGCUCUUCAGGACUUUUCAGUGCAUCAGCUUCUGACCAUCAUCUAUUAUACACAUCUCUCUAUAAGAUUUUGAUUAUCCUUGUGUUUUGCUCAUAUAAUUGGUAUUACAUACAUUUAAUCAUGAAUACAUCAGCUAUGCAUGUAGAUGUCUAAUGCACAUUGCUAUUGAAAUCACCAUGUGUAUGUAUUUGAUAUGAAUCAGAGAGAAAGUAGAAGAGAAAGUAUCUGUUAAAAGAACAGGUAGCUGUUGUGUUGCUUAUGUUGAUACAUGUUGGGUAAACAAAUUUUCAAAAAAAAAAAUGUUUAUGUUGCUAUUUUAGCAUAUAUAUAUAUAUAUAUCUAUGUGUAACAUUUUACAUAAUCUUUCCUUACAUACAUGAAUUGUGGUAAUGUAUAUGUACAUGUACAUUGUAAAUGUUAAGUGUUUGUCGGCAUAGAUUUGUUGAAAUGUGUUUUACUCUUACAAAUUGGAAAGGGAGAGAUUAAUUUUCCCAUUUGGCUUACAUGUAUGUUUGUUAACUUUUAAGAUAGGCAUAUUCUUUCAUGAUAACAGUCUUCACUUUACCUGUUCACAUCAGAAUGGGGUAAGAACCUGAGAAUAGAUAAACCUGCAUGAGGAUGUGAUACUCGGAGUAAGAACAGUAAAAAUCUUCAAACAGAUGGUAUGUUCAGUCACUUGAAAAUUAGGCAUGAAAUUUUCUUAGCGGCAGGUGAUCACUUCCUUUGUCUAAGUGCAACUCCUGGUUAUAGUAACAUUUCAGGAUUCAUACAUACAUGUACAGUACGUACCUGAUUUGGAUUUUGUGUAUUAAAUAUGGAUUAUUGAAAUACUAA